AUGUAUCCACACGGUGUGUCCCGGUUGAACAACAGACCCGGGUCAGCACAAGCGGGUAACUACUCUCAACCAUACUCUCACACAUACAACUCGCAGAACACCGCUCACCAAGGCACCAGCCAACCAGCAGCUCCCUCGAUGCAACUACCGCAGCCGACGAUGAUGGCGCUGAGCUCAAUCUUGACGUUGGGUCCAUACAAACACAGGAAAGAUCUUUCGAGGCACCUGGUGCUUCUGAACUAUACGGUGAUUGGGUACAUCGCCGCAGGAACAUACGGAAAAGUGUAUAAGGCGAAGCUGAAGGGAGGAACCGCAACCAAUGGCAGCACCGAGGAUGUGAAUGAGAUGGCCAGGCAAGUGGCCAGCGAAAAUCGACAAACAGAAGACGACGACCAGAAGCUUUUUGCUAUCAAGAAGUUCAAGUCAGAUAACCAUCUGAGCAUGGCCCAUGCGUUGGGAGCCAACCACGAAGGUGGAGCGUACACGGGGAUCUCGCAGUCGGCAAUUCGAGAGAUGUCGUUGUGUCGAGAGCUAAAUCAUAAGAAUAUCACAAAACUCAUGGAGAUCAUGCUUGAGGGCAAGUCCAUCUACAUGGUGUUCGAGUUUUUCGAGCACGACUUGCUCCAGAUCAUCCACUAUCAUCUGCAUCCGGACGUGAAGCCCAUUCCUGAACAGACAGUAAAAUCGCUCAUAUGGCAGGUGUUGAACGGAGUGACGUUUUUGCACAAAAAUUGGGUAUUUCACCGAGACUUGAAACCUGCCAACAUCAUGGUCUCUAGUGAUGGCGUGGUGAAAAUUGGUGACUUGGGGCUUGCUCGUAAGUUCAACAAUCCUCUACAGAGUUUAUAUACGGGUGACAAAGUGGUGGUGACUAUCUGGUAUAGAGCUCCAGAGCUUCUCUUGGGCACCCGUCACUACACGCCUGCAAUCGAUCUUUGGGCUGUGGGUUGUAUAUUGGCGGAGUUGCUAUCUCUCCGACCUAUUUUUAAGGGUGAGGAGGCGAAGUUCGACAUGAACAACAAAAAGCUGAUCCCGUUUCAAAAGAAUCAGCUUCAGAAAAUCUUUGAAAUUCUUGGUACCCCAACCGUGGAGCAGUGGCCCAGUCUCCCCAAAUAUCCAGACUAUUACGCAUUUCAACAGCAUUUCGGGCUGAAAGGCACGUUAUAUCAGCCCAAUCUUGGUAACUGGUACAAAAUGAUAGGCGGCAAGAGCAAAGGGUGCCUAGCUUUGCUUCGUGAUUUGCUCCAUUACGAUCCCGUUACUAGAAUAUCCGCUGAUGAUGCCCUUCUACAUCCAUACUUCCUUGAGGCUCCAGCUGUCAAGGAGAACGCCUUCGAGGGCUUGAACGUGAAAUACCCAAAGAGAAGAAUCUUCACUGACGAUAUCGACAUUACAGCUCAGCACCCCAACUUCAGUAACAAGAGACACUAUGACGAUGGCUCGUCCAGAAAGAGACAGAGAAACUAA